AUGAUCAUGGGAAUCACACACAUCGUCCAAUUUCAAUUUAAAUCCGACGUCUCCCCCGACGUGGUGAAAGAUACCUGCCACCGAAUGCUCGCAUUAGCACACACAUGCCUCCAUCCCAAGACCGAAAAACCCUAUCUCAAGUCUGUUACGGGUGGAAAAGAUAACUCGAUUGAGGGGAUUCAGAACGGUAUCACGCACGCAUUCGUAGUUCAAUUUGAAAACGAGGCUGAUAGGGAGUACUAUUGCCAUAAGGACCCUUCGCAUCUGGCGUUUGUGAAGAGAGUGGUUGAGUUGGUGGAGAAGGUUCAGGUCGUUGAUUUUACGCAUGGUGUUGUUGUUUGA